UGGUGUUUUGGAGCUGCUUGGUUACUGUGGAGGAUAAAUAGCUCCUGACCCUAACCAGGAUCUUUUAAUGAAAAAAGAGCGGUGUCCCUAUGCCUUAUAAAGGCAUGGGCAGGCUUAUUCCAGCGCUCAAGAAGGGGCGGUAGCGGGUUCGUGCUGCUGAGUUUUUUUCCAGUAGUGGUUGCAGGCGAAUGAAGAAGUUGAGCUGAAACUGCGAACACUUCAUCCCGGCACUUAGCGGCAAAACUCAGUCAAGAGAGGAGGAAGCAGGUGAAAUUACAAAAAAAAAAAAAAAAAAAAAAGAAAAAACAAAAAGAAACCCACUUGGUCAUGGGGAAAUCAGCUUCCAAACAAUUUGCUGAAGAAGUCUUGAAAGUACACAAUGACUACAGGAAGAAACAUGGAGUCCCCCCAUUAAAACUCUGCAAGAAGUUAAACAGAGGAGCCCAACAGUAUGCAGAAGAACUGGCUACCACGAGGGUCCUCAAGCACAGCUCCGAGUCUGCUAAUGGGAAUUGUGGAGAAAACCUAGCAUGGGCAUCCUAUGACCAAUCAGGAAAAGAUGUGGCUGACAGAUGGUACAGUGAAAUAAAAAAUUACAGCUUUCAAAACCCGGGGUUUUCUUCUAGGACAGGUCACUUCACAGCAAUGGUUUGGAAGAACACAAAAAAGAUGGGAGUUGGUAAAGCAUCUGCUAGUGAUGGCUCAACUUUUGUGGUGGCUAGAUAUGAUCCAGCUGGAAAUGUAGUAAAUCCAGGCUAUUAUGAAGAAAAUGUUCUUCCUCCAAGAAAAUAACUUUUUUUUUAAGGUAGUCUUACUGCUUAAUGACAAGUGAACCUGGAUUUGGACCUAACAGUGUUUGAAAUUAAGCCAAAUUCAAUGAAAUCUCCUGUUUGAUACUGCUGUUCAUGUCUUAUUGUGGAGGAAGCAAUUACUUGUUGCUUGAAUCAAUCUGCACAUCAGGCCCCUGUUGUUUCUGAGGGGACCUCAAUUUAUUUGAGGAUGAACUAUAUGCAGCAUUUCUGAAGGAUAAAAUGGGCAAGAUUUUUUUUUUCUUAAUUGUUUGCGUGAACUCUGUGUCAGCAUGUGAGUAAGCACAUGUUGGAUGUUUAAUUUUUUUUUUAACAAACAAAUUUAUAGCUUUCUGUAAACUGAAGAUACCAGCUCAUAAUUAUAUUAUGUACUCCCAGCUGUCCAGUAUAUUUUAAUAACUGUAACUUUGUUGCUCUGACUUUAUCUCCUGCUGUUGUGGGACCUACUCUCUGCAGAUGGAACACAUGCAAAACUUCUGUAUGAAAGGUACAGGUGUGAAAUGUAGUGGAAUUCAGACCCCUGUAUUUUUAUUAAGAGGAUCCUGCAGAACACUAAAAGGCUGAUGUCGAAACCGUAGCCAUCAAUCAAUCUGUAAUUAAUGCAUGAUCUAAAAAAAACCCCAAACUUUUUUUUAAUCCCAUUUUAGAUGCUGAUAUAUAAAAUAUGUUUGAGAUGAGUGUUUUUAAGUUCAAAGUGAAACCCACAGUUUACAGUAUGUACCUUGUAUUAUAAUCAAAUUGUUUACUUCCAUUGAAGAAAAAUAAGUUUCUACUUUUUUGAUAUUUAUGCAUAAAAAGGUUUCUUUGAUGGUGCACUUUGGAUUUUACUUCUCAGUAACUUAUUUUUAUUUCCUAAGGAAUAUCUUUUAAAGGUGUCAUGCUAUACAGGCAAUAACAUUCCCAAAUCAUCUCAUCUCCUUUAAUAAUCUAACAGUAGAGGUAUUCACAUUGUCAUAAUUAAGAGAUGUUUGCUCUUUAUUCAUAUUAUUCAAUAAUAGUACUAUUACACAUACUGGAUUGAUGUCUUGAAAACAGUGAAGAUUUAAUUUCCUUAAGAACAAGCCAAGCAACAAUUCUGGGGACACUCUUUUCUUUGAUUAAAUGUGGAUUGGGCCAUUUUGGCCAGGUUCAUAUACUAUGCUUCAGUUUGGGGGUUUGUUUUCUUUGUAAAAGUUUCUCGUGAGUUUUGCUGAGAUUCUGUAUGCCAUAAUCUGGUUCAUGGACAGUGCCAUUACAGAAAUACUUCUUUUUUGUUUACACAGUUGUAAUAAACUGCACUCUUAUGGCUUGAUUAUGUGUCACUGUGAUGCUGUUUGUUACAAUUUUUUGCUGUAAUCAAGAUUUGACAUGUAUCAUGAGCAACUGAAAAAUAAAUAUUUUUAAUAUUAACU